AUGGAAUGUUGCUGUGGCGUAGGGAAGAAAUAUGAUGGUCCAGAAGUAGACGUGUGGAGCCUUGGAGUGAUCCUGUAUACACUAGUCAGUGGAUCUCUACCGUUUGAUGGAGCAAACCUAAAAAAUAUUAUGAAAGAUAAGUGGAUGAACAUAGGUUAUGAAGAUGAUGAACUUAAACCUUAUUUGGAACCAGAAUUUGAUAUGCAAGAUGCCAGAAGAAUAGAAAUUCUGCAUAACCUAGGUUUUUCUAAAGAUGACAUAGACGAUUCACUUCGAAACAGGAAAUAUGAUGACAUAAUGGCUAAUUAUUUAUUGUUAGGGAAGAAAACAACUGAGAAUGAGACUUGUGACUCUAGAUCGGGAUCAAGUCUGUCACUUCAAGUUUUGCGUCGUCCGGGAGACAGUUCCACUAGUGAUUCACCUUCACAUGGAAGAGUUCAGCGAAGUGUGUCUGCCACAACAAAACCUCGUCGAAGUAGUCAUACAGAAACUGGAGUAGAAAGUCAGAACACUAGAACAGCAAGUGUUGGGCCUCCUUCCUACAAAAGACAGAAUGCUAUCGAAGCCACAGCGACGAGGACAGUGAACAAUACCGUCACAACACAAGUGAACUCAUCUGGCCCACACACUGUCAAAACAAACUCUACUGUUCUGGAAAAUUCUGGAAUAGGAAAAUUUGGCUCAAAUAUAUCUGCUCCAAGUACACCAGGAACAACAGCUAGUCCUUCUAGAGGAUAUGGUUCAGUGAGAAAACCCUCCAACAUUGGUGGAUCAAAUAUUACCCCAGGAAAAAACCUUCCAAGUGGCAUCCCUAGGCGCACAACAUACGAUAUUAAAAGUACUAGUAGUGGAAGGAGUGUUGAUCUUGAGUCGGCAGUGGGAAGUACUACUGCUAGGGGUGAUGACUUACCUACUCCAAGGUCAAAAGGUCACACGAAGUCUGCAUCUGUUUCAUAUACUGGCUACACUGAUACAUCAAUAGGAGAUCCACUUCGAACCAGUGGGGCAGAGACUUCAUUAGGAACUGUGUUGCCAGUGCCCACAGCAAGUAGACCAUUUCCUCGAGGUACUGUUAACCGCAAUACUUUCCAUAGUGGUCAAACACGAGAAAGACGUUAUGCUUACAAUGGUCCAGGGACUGUGUCCGUCCAGACCCAGGAUUCCCCUUACAGUACACCUGGUGGAAGAGCUUCUCUAUUCAGCAAACUUUCCUCAAAGUUUAGUAAGAGAGCCAUGAAUGAAGACCAAGUAAAACCACGUUCCUUAAGGUUCACUUGGAGUAUGAAGACCACUUCUUCACGUGAUCCAAACGAAAUAAUUCAGGAAAUUCGCAAAGUUCUGGAAAAGAACAACUGUGACUAUGAGCAGAGAGAAAAAUACCUUCUCCUGUGCGUGCAUGGUGAUCCCAAUUCGGAUUCUCUCGUUCAGUGGGAGAUUGAGGUGUGCAAGUUGCCUCGGCUCUCUCUAAAUGGAGUCCGAUUCAAGAGGAUUUCGGGAACAUCCAUCGGGUUUAAAAACAUAGCUUCAAAAAUAGCUAAUGACCUAAAGCUGUGAACAUGAAAUUGGAGAACAUGGAUUCUGUUGGGUAAAGGUUGUGUCGGGAAACAAAUGCCAGAAGUUCUUGUCUUACAUCAGGUGGCAGUGAUGCAUUCUGGUAAAAUGUGCAAAAGUAUACUGGGAUGGGGUACUGAAAAAUGGUUUAGUUUGCAACUCGAGAGUAAAUAUCUAUGUACUGUGUGUACAUAUAUAUAUAUAUAUAUUGCCUCUAAUAUUAAAUCUUUUGUUUCUAGCACUUCUGGAAAACAAAAAACUUGCUUGAAAAGAUGUUAAGAGAAACCUUUUCACUAAGGGUUUUAAACCAACUGCUUUUGUCAUUGUGAGGAAAUGUAUUUUCUUUCUUUCAUUCCAUUUGAUCUCAGUAAAGUAAGAAGCAAAACUUUUGUAGUUAAGUAAAUAAUUUGUUACAUUAUUGAAUUUAGGAAAUUACACCAAAUUCUUGGCACACCUAUGUAAAGUUGAAUUCCCUCCACUUUUGUACUUUGCCUGAAGUUAUGGGGCUUGUUUAAGAAGGUAAAUCUUGAUUUUCUGAUAUUUAUGCAAAAAAAAAUUAAAAAAAAAUGAGCUGCUAGUAUUUUGUUUCCUAUAAUGAUAUUCUAUGGGGGCCAUUCAUGGUUUUCAUUGUUGAUGAAAGGGGUUUCGUAUGAUAGUUAUUAUUUAACCAUUGUCUUAGAGCUAGUGUCCAGUAGAUGAAGAAAAAACAUUAACUUGUGUAAAUAGAAGAUCAAAGUUCAGAUUAAUUUGCUGUAGUAUUACAUGUCUGAAAAAUAGUUGGUUAGUGUUUUGAAACUUACUUAAAAGUAGGAAAUAGCCAAAUGUUGUUAGUGUUGCAUUUUGGGUUUCUUUACUUUUCCAUUUUUUUUAUUUUUACAUUAGACUCUUGCAAGAAUUCCAUAAAGUUGUUUGUAGUGAUAGAAGAUGUUUUGUAAAAAUAAAUUGUGAUUUUUUAUGACAGUAAGCAAUAUUUAAGUUUUUUUUUUUGUUUUGUUUAGGGUGAAAAAUUGUUACUUGAAAUGUUCACUAAUCUGUAUCAUAUUUUUUAUUGAAGGUUUUAAUAUGUAAUUCAUCUUCUGUAUGAACCUGAACAUACUACACGACAAACAUUUCAUCCAAAGAUAUGCUUUGACAGUUUUCUUAAUACCUUUUGUUGUAAUCUUUAAACUUACAUUGAAAAGAAAGCAUUCUUCGUACGUAACUUAUUCAGUAGUACUCCAGUUUUAUGUGUUAACUCGAUAAACUGUGUUUUGACUUUAUAGAUUGUGUUGGUAUAUGCUUACAAUGUACCAAUUGACAGUGUUUACUUUUGAGUUGAGAGUUGCGUGGGUUGAUCUAGAUGAGCUUUUGUAUGCAGUUAAAGUUUAUUCAUCAAACUGAUCCUAAAGAAAUAAGGAACUGGUAGGAGUACGUAUCUGUUUUAAAGUCAUUAAAUUAGACAUGGAUCAACCUGUGCAUUGAGGUUUUUGAUUCUUUCUUGUAAAGAAAGCAUCUUUAAGCUAAGUUUUUUUAUUGUUUUGGUUGGUUGAAGGCAGUUAAUAUUAGAUUGUAAUCAACCCCCUUGAAUGGAAAUAUUUUUAAAAAGUUCAGUUAAUGAUUGCGAGUUGUAGAGAAAUACGAAUCAGCCCUGUCUAUACUUUAUUAAUUCUAUAACUUCCUCAUAUGGCACUUUUUGAUUACAAUUUGAAAACUCUGACUGGCCUCUUCAAAGUGUUGUAGACUGUAAUAUAUUAUGAUUGUGAAUUAGGUUGUAAUCUAUGAAAACUAUAAAUUAUCUUAGAUCAUUUUCCUUUUAACAACUAAUGAUUCUUUGUUCAAAACUAGUAGGGGAGUGGAUAGUUGUAAUUCACUGAUCACAAGUCUGAAAAGUAGUUUGCUGUCAUGUUGUGUUAUUCUGUACAUUAUGUUCUAGUGGUUUUAAAAUGAAGAAUUUGAAAAAUUCCAA